GACCCUUAAGCUGACAGUUGAAGGGAUAGAAAAGCGGGUCUUGGGAGUUGAUUCCAAUGCCAGUUCAAACAUCCACUUGUCAUGGAUUCGCAACAGCUUGUGUUCCCCUCAUACGCGUCUAACACUCCUCGUACGCCCUCUCCAAGGGAGGACCCCUUCUUCUCCGCGUACCCUUCCCACACUUCAUACGAGACCGGCGCAGGCGGCGGGGGGUCUCUCCUCCAAGAGCUCUAUGACGACCACCACCCCGCUGUAGUCCGCCGCGCCACAUUUCCCUAUGUGCGCGCCGACUACCCGGGUGAACCCAUCAAGCUCGAACACACCCUCCCCCCGAUGCAUCUCCCCCCGCAUCACUCACACCACCCGCACCACCAACAACACCACCACCAAUUCUACCAACCCUUCCCCUCCCCGCCCCCUCCCUCCUACACACUCUCCCCCCACACCGGCCUCCCCGUCCAACACACAGACGACGCCGCCUCCAAAGAAACCCAGUACCUCCGUCGGCGCUGCUUCAACUGCCACACCACCGAGCCUCCCUCCUGGCGCCGCUCCACCCUCAACCCCGGAAAGAUCGUCUGCAACAAAUGCGGCCUCUACGAACGCACACACCUCCGGCCUAGGCCUCUCCGCUUUGACGAGCUCAGAGCAGGCAACAAGGCGAGGAAAGCUGCUGCUGCGGGGGUGGUGCUCCUCAGAAGAAACCGCUCUCUCCAAAGAAGGAGCAGAGUCGGAGCCCACAGCUCUUGCCUAGGCGGGAAUCGCAGGAAUGGGAUGAUUCGCGUAGGUCCCCCGCCUUCCAAUUCGUAUUCUCAUUCUAAUCAUACGCUACAGUCUCCAUCUACUCGUCCUCUUCAACCUCAUCAACCUACCCCUCCCCCUCACCAACGACCUACCCCCAUCCCCUCCCCUCACAUUCACCCUCCCCUCCCCCCAUCCGCCUCCCCAACGUCGACUUUGCCCACUACGCCGACUACACCACCCUUCCUCCAGAAGUAGUCACCGCUUAAACCUUUCCUUUCCUUCUCUUCGCUAUACAUAUCUAUUUCGCUAUCUAUCUUAUCUAUUUAUUCCCCCCCUUCCUUCCGUUUGUUGGUGUUGUUGUGUUGUUUUCUUUCUGUACGAAUAUCUAUUAGACCCUCCGUCGUCGUUUCAAAACUACCCACUCCCCAACCCCCGUGUACUACUAGAUGAAAUGUGCAUGACUUUUAAGCAGGUUUAUCUUUGCCAUGG